CUGUAGUCGCGACAAACUACAUUAGAUUUUUUAAAAAAGCUGUAAGGUUAAAGGUUAGGAGCAGAGUAAACUCUGCAUACUUGACCUUCACCAGCAAAGAGACCAGCCCAACUGCCCAACUGAAGUUUCUGUGCGUUACCGAGGCAACGAGCCGUCGCCGUGGUUGCACUGACAACUUCUGCUCAGCCAGAAAUUCCAGAAAAGGUCUUUAUGUAGAUUGGAAAGAUAAAGUUUGUGGUACCUAAACCUGCUGAUGAUAUUCAUAGAGAGAUCAGCAGCAUGUUCGCUGCCACUUCAGAGAAAAGAUCCCAUGGUGGAACAUCUCAGACAUGUGGAAAAGACAGUUCUAGGCCAAAUACCAAGGUCAAGAAAAAGGCCCACUCUCCAACUGUCAGUAUUUCUUCUGGGUAUCAAGUGACUUUACCUCCUAUACACCCAGAGCCACCAUGCUUCUCAGCAGCUUCACUGGGCAGGUCUCUAUUCAGUCGUACCUCCAUCCGUCAAAGUGUCCCCUCUGACAGACCUUUAUCAGUGGUGGAACUUCCUCGUCUUAUAGCCCAAGUAGGACCAGGGAAGGCCAUUGGUGACGCAAAAUGGACAGAAGGACCUCGACUAAUGGCCUCAGCAUUAGCCACUGACAUCCCUGUCAGAACUGCUGAUGAGUCACCAGCAAAGAGUUUCACAGAGAAAGAUGAAUCAAUGAAAGUAACAACAAGUAAGAAUAAAAAGGCGACCAAACCAAAUAACAUUCCUCUCACUGGCACAGAGGUAGUUCAACUAUUUGUUAGGAAAGGAGACCUGGGAGAACUGGAGCUUUAUCACCUGAAAGAAGUGGAGAGUGACUCUUACAGGCCCUACGACCUGCGAGUGGUCCAUUCCAGUGAAGCUGGUUCUGAGCACUAUGUCUUCUCCUCUCAUACUGUCCUACAUGUGACAGAGAGGGGUUAUGGUGGACUUGUCAGUCUGGCAGAGUGGUACAGAGAGUCUGUGUUGUGGACAGCUUUGCAGGAAAUCACAUUUUUCAGGGACUUCAGAAUGCGGAAAGCUUUUACCUGGUGGCGUAGAAAUGUGCGCAAGAUCUUUUUUCAGCGCAAGUGUGACAAACUGCAGGGUAUGCUGCUCAUAUCUGUACCUCAGUUCAGAAAUGCCCUUUUUCUUUUCUCCAGAGCAAUUGAAGAACUGAAAAGGACACGCUGGCUGCCUCAGGAUGAGUCACGAACCUACACAUUGCUGGAAUUCAAGAAUGUUCUGAUCACUAAUAAUCAAGAGUGUCUGCAGAUAUUGGGGAAGUUAUCACAGUAUCGCACUGUCAUCCUAAAUGUGGUGAAAGAGAACAGCUAUAAGGCCUACCAGGAGCUCCAGCUGCACAUGGAAUAUGCUAAAAAGCCAAAUAAAUGCUUCGAGCCCAUUCACCUCCAUCUGGCUCACCAGCAGGAACUGAAGAAAGAGUUGUCCCAGGCUGAAAGCAACUUGGACAAACUGGGCAACUUUGCUGCUCUCAUUAAUCAAAUGACUGUGCAGAGUCUCAUCACGAUCAUCAGACAACAUGUAACCUCUUUCCUCAACAAUGUUUUGAAGAGGGAGAAAUCUCAGCAGGGCUGUCUCUUCCAAACCGAACUGUGUGUCAGUGCUAGUGGUCAGCUGACUGUAAACCCACCAAUACAUCAGUUCCAAGAGGCAGUGAGUGAAGCGCUGCUGACUGUUGGCGACUCUGUAAUUCAGAUGUGUGACACUUGUGGAUUAUUCCUGGAGGUCAGCAACAGAUUCUUCAGCUCUGGUUUUGCUCAGGACUCAAUUUCUGACUUCAGUUCACUUGAAUAUCCUGCUUUUACAGGGGAAAAUAAGGACAAUGAUGGGAUGGCUUGUCACAGAAAGUUUUGCUGCUGGCGAUUGUUCAGAGACAAGUCACUUCACUCGCUGGUUCUGCCAGAACAGACCUUGAUAAUGGUGCAGGGCAACCAGAUGCAUGGCAGCUACUAUCCUCUCUCAAAAGGACAGCUGGUGUGGCAGAUCAGCAGCAAUGAUGUUUCAAAACAAACUGAGAAAGAGCAGAUCAACAUCAUGCAGGAAGCUCAAUCAGAAAUCCAGCAGCUGUGUGAGAGGUACAGAUGGUUGGUAGACAUCCAUUUGUUCAUUAGUCAGUGGAAUCCAGCCUCUCUGGAGUCCGUAAAGUCUGCUUUACUGUAUGAGGAGCAUAUUAAGAAGGUGCGCCACUGGUCUGAAAGAAUCCACACACUUCCCUCAUCAGUCUCUACCUCCAACCAGCUAUUCAUCAUCCUCUGCACCCAAAUAAAAGAAAAUCUGGGGCAACAUCUGAGUUUUAUUGAAGAAGAAGUUCAAGAGCAGCUAGCUGAGCAGAUCAGACUGUACUCAGAGAGCCUCGUAUCAGACUUGGAGAGGGCUACUGCUGAACUCAAGACAGAACCCAGAGACUUACAUGACUUCUCAAAAUACGCUAUUAUGCUCAGGGAGUCUGUGAAAAAGUUGUCUGACAUGCAGAGACGUUUGGAGUACAUUCACUCCCUCCGGGACAUCUGCUUGAACUAUAGGACAAUGACUGAACAGGAGAGGACUUUAAAAGAAAAGAUGCUGGGCUUGUGGGAUUGCCUUUUUCCUCUCUUGAAACAAGCAGAUAGCAUUGUGUGCCAUCAUCUUCCUUCAAUGGCUAGCGCAUUGGACACAAUGUUCUCAUUUUUGGUCUGUGACCUUAAAAAUAUGGUCUCUAAAGCUACCUUUGGACAAUUCCUUGAUCCAUCCAAGAAUGCUGAUGAGAUGGUCUCCAAACUGAACUACAUGUGUGCUCAUGUGCAUACUCUCAAAACAAAGCUGGAACAGCUUAGUAGGAACAGUGAAAAUCUACAAGAAAAUCCAAUGGAUUUGACCAUUCUAACAACAGAUGUUCACAAAAUCAAGGCCCGUAAGGAGCUGUGGGAGCUGACAGCUCUAUACAGAACAUGGAUAAAAGAGUGGAGAAAGUUGCUGUUCACUGAGGUUGUGGUGUCACAAGCUCAAGAGAAAAUUGCCAAGUGGCAGGAGCAAGCUAUAUCUCUAACAAGCACCAUACCUACACAUGAUGCAGUGCUGCAGGAGACUUUGGGAAUCCUAGAGAGCUUAAGUCAUCAGCUUGCAGUCAUGGCCAAGCUGCAGAGCCCGACACUCAAACAUAAACACUGGAAAGCUAUUUUCCAAGGCAUGGGCCUACUAUAUGUCCCAGAGAAGAAGGUGACUGUUGCUGAACUGAUGUCUCAACAGCUUGAAGUUCACCAGGAACUAAUUAAUAAGAUAUGCAGGGAUGCACAAGCAGAGUGUGACAUGGAGCAGGCCUUCCAAAGGCUUCAACAGGAAUGGAAAGCCAGACUCUUCCAGCUGGAUAAAUUCAGAGUUCCUGUUUGGCAGUAUUGUGAGCAACAACAUGGAUUAACAGAGAGGCCCACAGCUGGCACCAUUUCAAAUUCCCAAACUGCCAGUCAAAAGUCCUGUAAUGAUGUUAGAUUCAUCGUCAUUGAUACGAAAAUCCACUUUGCUCAGACCGAAAAUGAUUUGAUGUCUUUGUCCAUCAUUUUGAAGUCCUCACACAGCACUGAAUUCAGGUUGCAGGUGGAAGAUUGGAUUCAGUCACUACAAGAACUCGGGAAGCUGCUUGAUUUAUUUGAAAGAUACCAGCAAAUAUGGGCCUUCCUGACCAAGGUGUUUCAUGAAACAUCCUUUAGUGUUCAGAGAGUGGACCUGCUGGAGCGUUUCCAACCAGUUGAUGAAACAUUUAAGAACAUUAUGCAUACUAUAUCAACUGACCUUCGUGUGUUGAACCUUGUGCAUUCCAAGAUGACAAAUGAUAAAUUCCAUGGUAAUAGUCUUUGCCAGAUCCUCAUUAAUGGUCUUUCUACAAUGGAAGCUAUAUACAACCAGAUGGUGGAUCUCCGGGAUGCCCUCUGUGAAGUGUUUCCAAGAGUCUGGUUCUUGAGUGACAGGGAAGUAAUAGAACUACUCUGCUUUCACCCAACACCCUCCACACUGCUACCCUUUGUACGCAAAUUCUUUAAAGGGGUACGUUGGCUCGAGGUGGACUAUGAAAUGCCAUCUAAUACAAGAGAUCUAAAAGGUUGUGGGGCUACAUCUGUUAGCCACAGACAUAUGAAGGUGCUUGGGGUUUUUGGCAGCCUACAGGAGCACAUUACUUUUAUUUCUCCUUUGGAACCAAAUUGCAAUCCCUUGGUUUGGCUUUGUGCCUUUGAGAAACAAUUCAAGUUUACCAUGGAACAGCUCCUGAAACAAUGUGCUGAUGUACAAAGCCAACUUAAACCAUCCAAUCAAGACUUGUCAUGUGAUACGAAAGUUGGAGACAUCCUGCUCCAUAUUGCUGAUAGGAGGAAAAAUGCACAACCUGUGCUGGAUAUGCUGUCUGAAUAUCCCCUUCAGUGUCUGCUGGUGGCUGAGGAGGCAGUAUGGUUCAGAGUUGUUCUACAAGCUUUCCAAGAAUCAAGCUCGAUGAAGUUAAGCAACAUAAAGGCAUACAACUGUGCAAAACUGAAAACCCUUGGCCAGUCCAUAAGGGAUAGAAUCACAGGGUCUAAAAGUGAAUCACUGGUUUCUAAGUACAUGAUGAUGUGCCUGCGUGCUUUAGUGCAACUUACAAUGAAUCAUGCACAGCAGCUAUCUCAGCUCAUGGAGGUGAAAUGUGAGCUGGAAUCUUCUUUUGAAUGGCUGAGUUUAAUGAAGUAUUGUAUAACCUCAGAUGAUCAGAGUGUAAAAGGCAAUGAUGAUUCAACAUGUUAUGUGGAUGUUUUGUGCCAUCGACUCCAGUAUGGUUAUGAGUAUUUUGGUCCAGAAGAUUGGCUGAUGGUGCACACUCCCUCCACAGAUCGGGGGAUAGUGGGGAUUCUCCUUGCACUGACAAGCUACAGGUGUGGGUUUAUGAGUGGACCUUGCAUGUCUGGAAAGAAAAAGACUGUGGUCCAGUUAGGGAAAAUGCUGGGACGACAGGUUGUCAUUAUACAGUGCUGUCCAAGCAUGAGACCCAAUGUUGUUCAGCAGAUGUUGUUUGGUGCUCUCCAGACUGGAGCAUGGCUUGUGCUGGACUCUGUGGACUUACUAACACAAGGGAUCCAGUCAUCACUGGGACAGUAUCUAGAAGACAUUCACCAAUCCUUCUCUGAGUUAAUGAAAAAGAAGAAUCAAAGUGUGAAUGAGGAGCUAAAGGAUGGGACUACUGAUGGGGUCACAGGUUGCAAAAACAUUGUGGAUCCAGAAUGCCAUAUGGUACUUGCAGGGAAAAGCCUUUCUGCUAGCCUAAGCUAUGGAUGUGUUCUCAUUUCAUCAAAGGGGUACACAUCUGAAGUUCCACAAAGUCUCCGAUUUGCAACCAGACCUGUUGCAUUAACCCAUCCAGAUUACAGGAUCAUUGCAGAAGUAAUGUUGGCCUCCAUUGGUUUCUCAGAGGCCAUGUCUUUAAGUCGACGUCUGGUGUCCCUCAUCAGCCUGGCCAAGGAUUUGCUCUAUCUGCCUGAUGUCAUCACUCAAGACCAGAGCGGUUAUCUUGUGGUCUUGCAAAAGAUCAUCUCUGCCUCUGAAAUACAGUUACAACAAGGUGUAAGGCAACGAGAAAUUUCAGAUAAGGCUAAACGAUUGGCUGCAGAACAAACUGAUCUUACACCUCCACAAAAUGUGACUGCCAGACUUAUUGAGAAUGAUAGAGAAGAAGCUGAAAAGCCUUCAAUGUCGUGCAGCUCUCAUUUCUCAAUUAUACGGGGAUUAAUGGAGGAGACAGCUAUUGUCAAAGCAAUUCUUUCUGUGUUAUUACCUGUUAUUCAUGAGCCCAAGAAAGCCUCACAGUUCUACAUCAUUUUCAAGGACACAUUCCCCAUAGCAUGCCAGUUUCCUCUUUUUCAACAAUAUAUUGAUGAAGAAGAAAAGAAGCAACUUAAAGAGGCAGUUACAGAAGAAUUAGAGAGGAAAUUGUUUCAUUCUGACACAGAAAUGAUUUGCAGUGCUCUUACACUUUACCAUACCAUGACAUUCUCUCAGGCUGUUAUGCUUGUAGGGCACACAGGUAGUGGAAAAACAACCUGUUUUAGUGCUCUAGCUGGAGCACUCAGUAGUCUGGCUGCCAAGGCAGUGGAAAAUGUGUUUGAAAAUGACAAUAUGAUUGAAGAAGGUACCCCACAAGCAGAGUCACAGAUCUCUGCUUUAACCUGGAGCUACAUUGACACUGUGGUCUUAUUUCCUAAUGCCAUGUCUCACGAAGAGGUAUUUGGUUACUUCUGUGAAAAAAGAGGAUGGCAAGAUGGAGCUGUUGCAAAGGUGUUGAGAGAUUCAGAACGACGUGAACGCACAAGUUCUGAAAUGUGCAAGAAUAAGAAGAAAAGUGAUCAGACCACAAUAAUGAAAUGGCUUGUAAUGGAUGGAGAGCCUGUGGGGCAACCUGGCUGGUUAGAUUACUUAACCACACUGUGUAAUCUCGAGGACCCAUAUCUGUACCUGUCAUCAGGUGAAACACUUGUGCCGUCCCAAUCACACCUUAAGCUACUUAUGGAAAUCACUGACCUAAGUGAUGCAAGUCCCUCUGUAGUGACUCGUUGCAGCCUUGUUUAUUUCACAGGGACUGAUCUGUGGAAGGCUGUGUGGAAGAGUGAAAUGGAUGCUCUCCAUUGUGAACACACACUGGAUCAAGGGACCUUGAAAAUGUGGAAUCGUCUGGGUGAAGAUCUUUUCUCCAGCACUCUGAGUUUGCUUAAGCAAAAUGCAAUUCAUAGUGAAGGAGAAUCUUGUAAAAGCUCAAUAUAUGGCAUGAAAGAAAUCAUGUCAUUCAGUCGGAUCCUUCGUGCCCUCCUACAACAUUUUGGGAAGGAAGUAGAGGAAUCUGAAGCAGCACCACAAAUAGACAAAAGAGCAGAUAUACCUCUACAUAGAACUGACACGUCAGAUGCCGAAAUGAAAGAAGGGCUUUUUCUGGUGGCCUAUAUUUGGGGGUUUGGUGGACAUCUGCAUCCUCGCCACUGGCCACAGUUUGACACUGUAGCCCGCCAGCUUCUGUUUAAUAGCCGGUACAAACUUGUGGUUCCAGAUGAAGAGACUGUGUUUGAACACUUUUUUGGCAUCGACAGUAAGAUAUGCCCCAGGGAAUCACUGUUGACAAAUUCCAUCACUCCCAAGUACAGGAAAUAUACAUAUCUCCUGAACCUCAUGUUGGAGGCAAAUCAGCCAGUGUUGGUUGCAGGAGAGCCCUGUUCAGGAAAAACCACUCUGUGUAACUCUUUGUUGAGUUUUGACAAGCCACACAUUAGCCUACCAGCCAAUCCACUCCUGAGCUCCAGAGACCUGCGCUCAAUACUGAAUGGCAUCAGCUGCCAGAGGACCUGCAAAGAUACCAUGGGUUCCAUGACCAAACAGUCAAGCCUGCUUCUUUUUGUGGAUGAUUUGCAUGAAGCCCCAUGUGAUGUGUUUGGGAAGAUGUCAAAGGCCCUAGAGACGCUACGACAAAGUAUUUCAAAAGGAGGGAUUCUUACAUUUGAUACCAACCACUUCAAGUUAUUGAGUCCUGGAACCAUCAGCUACAUGGCUACCUGUUGUGUCUUUGAAUUGGGCAACCACCACAGUCACUUGAUAUCUUCCAGGCUCUCACGCCUGUUCUCCAUCUUUGUGCUUCCUAGCUUAACCAUAGACAGUAUAUUGUCUAUCCAUUCUCCUCAGCUAAAACUUUGGCUCCAAAACAUGCCAUUUAUCCAGAGUGUUGCGGAUAUGGCAUGUUGUAUCAUCACUGCAACUAAAAAUCUGUAUCAUGCAGUUGGUGAAAAAUUCCAGCCCAAUGUGCAGAGGCCCUACUUUAUGUUCUCCCAUCAUGACCUGCAAAAGGUGUUUCGGGGGAUGUGCCUGUGGCAGCCUAACAUCCCAAAUACAGCGACAAUGCAGAAAAAGAAGUAUGCAACACCAAGUUUUCUUCCAGUCCUGACAGGGCCUGCAACAACAGUGCUUGACAUAGCACAUCUCUGGAUGCAUGAGUGCAUGCGUACUUUCAGUGAUAGGUUAUGCUCAGAGGAUGAAAGCAAAACUCUUCAGUCACUCAUAGCCAAGGCAGCAACAACACACUAUGGAAUUAGAUUGGUCAAUGAACUCAACUCUGACAGUUUAGAUUGCCCACCUGCUGUCACAAGUCUCACUGUUCACACACUACCCAUUGACACAGCAGGCACCUGUAAGCCAAUAGGUCAGAGUCCAGAUACACUAAAUCUGGUACAAGAACCAAAACCAGCUGGCCAAUUAGACCUGAAGAAAGACUAUACAUUGACUGAUCCAUCCUUUCCAUCUGAAAACAAUCAUUUAGAAGAUACAAGCCUAAAACCCCACCCUCUGCAACCCCAGAUUCUUCAGCAUAUGGAGGAUGUAAUGGCUAAACUUGUAUAUUGUCCUGAGCUCUCUGAGGCCUUGAAUUCAAUGACUCAGCAACACAAUUUCAAAUGUAGUUCUUCUUACCAGGAGGGAGACCUUGAUGUACUAGUGCAGAAGGUUUCUGCACUCAUGGACAGAAAAGAGGAAGACAAAGGACAGGAAGUUGAUAAUGCCCACAACAUCACAUCCAAAUACAUCGUACACAGACAGAGGGUGUGUCAGCUGUUACAUAUCCUCAGGGCUUUGCUCAUUCCAGGAGGUCAUGGUGUGCUGUUUGGCUCAGACAGAGGCACAGGCCGCAAAACAUCUGUGCGUUUAGCCGCCUAUGUUACAGGCUACCAGUUGAUGGAGAUACAUCCUGGUAAUGAGAGUAAGUUGCAUAAAAUCCUAAAACAGGCUGGGAGUCAAACUAGAAUGGAUGGCGUUAAUGUCAUCAUACUUGUCCAUGAGGGAAUUAGCCCAUCUGUCAGAGAAGAACUUCUGGUGGCUAUGGCCCACAGUACCUACCCCGGGCUCCACACAGAGGAGGACCUGAGGAACCUUGUUUCCAGAGUGACUGCUGUGAAAAACUCCAGAAGAUAUCUUAGGGACAGUUGGAAUUUUGAGAAGUACUUGAGCCGAAUCCACAGAAAUGUACAUGUGUUCCUGUUGAUGCCCUUCACCAUUUCAGACAGCAGUGAAAUACCUGCCAACAAUGGAUCCCCUGGAUGGAAUGUACAAAUGGCCAAGGCCCUGAGCCUCAGCUGCUGUGUGGAGGUGUACCAGCCUUGGUCCAAUCAGUCUUUGGUGGAAGUUGCUUCUCAAUGCCUGAAAAUGAGUGACCCAAAAAUGAAGAGAGAAGGCUCAGAGGCCAGUCUGUCUGUGGCUAUGGCAGGAAUCCAUCAAUCUGCAUGUCAGUAUGCUUCUGUCCUUUUAAGAGCUCAGCCUUUCAGCCCCCAGACGUAUACGGAGUUCAUUGCCCACUUUGGUUACCUCUGCAACCACCUGCGCAAGCAAUGGCAGGGCCAAGCCAACAGAGUUAUUGCUGCUCUGUCUCAUUUGGAUGUCGUGAGCAGCACAGCUGUGAAGUACAAACAGGACUUAAUAAGACUGCAAGAGAAAGUCGCUGAGACACAGCAGCUUGAGAAAGAGCUCCUAAGAGCUAUAGAUGAUCAGAGGAGCCUGCUUGAGGAAACCCAGCAGAAAUGUGUAGAAGCGGAGAACAAGCUGUAUCACUUUGAAGAGCAGAUCAAUCACGCUCAGGAGCAGAUUAGAUCUGUAUUCCAGUCAGGCCUCAAGAUUCUUAAGUGUUUGAAUCCAUCUGACCUGGAGGAGGUACGCCACUACAGAGAUCCACCAGAUGGAGUGGUAAAAAUCAUGGAUGCUAUUUGUUUGUUGUUUAAUCGUCCACCAGGCUGGGAAAGUGCUAAACAGCUUCUUGGACAAUCCAACUUUUUCCAGGAGUUGGAAUUUUUUGACCGCUACAGACUGACAAAUGAACAGCUGCAGCAGCUUGGCCAGAUAGUUAAAAGCCCCCUGUUUGUACCAGAGUCUGUGCGAGAGGUGAGCAAGGCCUGCGAGUCCCUGUGCCAAUGGGUCCAGGCUGUGUAUGAGUGCUGCUGUAUGCAGUACCACCUGGUGGUCAAGCAGCAGUUGGAGGUGCUGGCUGGAGAGGCACAAAAUCAACUGUACCUGGCCAAGCAGCAGAAGGAGGAUGCAUAUUAUUUCCUAGAGGAUUUAAAGUUUCAGCUGCAGUUUGUACAGGAGGCCCUGAAGGAGCAACUGUUACAGCUGCACAGAGCUGAGAGCAUGGAAAGAGAAGCUGCUACAGCUGUAGGGCAGUUAGAGAUACAUGUCAGAGAUUGGAGGGCUGCUGCUCAGGAGGCAGAGUUGAAUAACCAAACCUUACCAGGAGAUGCCCUUAUCCUGGCUGCAAUCACCUCAUAUUUAGGCCCCUUUGCACCUGAUGUACGCACAGAACUGCUGAGCAAGUGGAGGGAGCUAUGUCAGACAGGAAGCAUCGACAUAAACCCCAAGGACCCCAGAGCCUCCCUGUUUACAUACCCUGACACAGCACCUCCUUACCCCACACUCGGUUUUCCUAUCCCUGUGUCUAAGAGGCUACAGCUGCCUCUGGGUCAGGCAUUAGGUAUGAACAAGUGGCAGCUCCAGGAUGCUGCAUCUGCCAGAUUGGUAGUGAAGCUGUUGCUGUGGGGCUGCAGGAAUACCUGGGUUCAGCGCUGGCCUCUACUGGCAGACACCCAGCAUCACCUGGAGAUAAGUUCCCAAAACUUCCUCAUCAAAGGAGAGAAGGCCAUGCUUGAGAAGGAGUUAGAGUGUGGGAUGGUGGUUUGUGCUGAUGAUCCAAAGCUGCUGGACAAACUGGACCAGGCUGCUGAGAAAGGUUUAAGAGUCUUGGUUACUCAUGUGGAACGUGCUGUCCCCAGUCCACAAUUUAUGGCCAGACUGGCACGCCCUGCUGGAUGUCGCCUUCCAGGAUUAAAACAGCAUGUACAGCUGACCCACCCUGAGUUCUGCCUCUUCCUCAGCACCUAUCUGCCUGUCCGACUGCUUAGCAGUGUGAUCCCUGCGUCCAUCUUGGCUCAGGUAUGUGUUGUUGACCUCUCUGUGAGCUCAGAAGAGAUCCAGGAGCUGAUGCUGACACAGCUGCUGCAGUCUGAGUGUAAAGACCUGCUGAUUCAACACCUGCGGUUCCAGAAUAACAAGCAGUUGCUGCAGAAGAAACUGGUUGCAGAAGAGGAUGCUCUGAUGGACUACAUACUGCAGUGUAACACCACACUGCUGCAGGAAUCUGAUUUUCUCCCUCGUGUGGCUGUUUGUCAAGAAGCAAUGAAGAAACUACAGGCGGAGAUCCAGGGUCUAAGUGAGGAGCUCAAGUACCAUGAGUCCCUGUUUGCUGCUCCUCGACAAUUAAUGAGGCUAGCUGCCACCCUCUACCAGGCUUUGCAGGAGGUGUCUCGUCUUUCCCCUGCCUACUACUUUUCCUUAUCUGGCUUCAUCACAUUGUUGCGCAAGGCCUUCAUUAUAAAGGGCAGGCCAUUUGUGUCUUACACCAUUGGGAAAGUGUCAGCAGGCAUAAUACCAGAGAUCAUGAACAGGAUGGUAGACCAACUAUUGGUCCAAUACAGACCUUGUCUCUUCAAGAGCCAUGUUGCUGUUCUGAAGCUACUGGUGUCUGUGGCUCUGCUCCAGCACAACCAUCUCUGCUCUGAGGCAGAGAAGGCAGCCUUCUUCAAGGGCCUUGUAGACAUACAAAGUCCUGUCACUAAAGUGAAACCCUGCUCCUCUCCUGCCACCGCCUCACAGUCCUGCAAUUCACUGCCCAGCUGGAUAUCCCCUCAUAUCUACCCAGAACUUCUCUGUUUAGACAGGAUCCCAUCCUUCAGAGGGUUGACUGCCUCUCUUGCCACUUCCCCCAUUCAGUGGCAGGAGUACCUGCACUUUACGUCCUCCACUGUAGUAGGGGCUGUUCCUUUUCGCUCUCACUCCCAUCUGUCCUUGCUACAGCGGGCUCUCCUCUGGAAGACCCUGAUCCCACAUUGCCUAGAGGAACUCGCUGAGGCCAUGGCUGCCUGUCACCUCUGCCUGUCUGGACAGACCACAGGAACUGAGGCGCCUCACACUGGGAACCCAGAGGCCCUCUCUAGAUUUCUUGUCAAACAUGAGGGACCCAUCAUUCUUACAUUGCCUAGUCCAUGCAAAGAUAACUGGACAAGCAUUCAGCCUCUUCACUUAAUAAAACAAUUGGCCUGCUGUGUAGCAGAAACAAAGGAGGUUCAGGUGAAAGUAAUUUCUUUUGGAGGUCUGUGUGACAAAGAGUUCAUCCUCUCAACUCUGGACAAAGCAGUUAAUAAUGGCCACUGGUUGGUUUUUAAUAACUGUCACCUGUUGGACCAAUGGGAUGAUAAAGUACUGAUGCACCUCAAUCAGGUGAUCUCCUCUUUCAAAGUGAAGCCAGACAUAAAAAGCCAGAUACACCCAUUCUUCCGGCUGUGGUUUAUAACUCAAGAAAAUGCAUCCUCCUCCAUACCUGUGGCAGUGCGAAUGUGUGCCCUGCCUCUGGUCUGUGACUCUGCCUUGGAUGUGAAGGAGGAGUUGAGUUGCUCUUUGCGACAGGUGGUGCCUGUCAUACAGCGUCAAUCACUGUCAAGUGUCACAGCCGACAACUUGGAGCUCCUUCUACACUGUGCCAUCUUCCAUACUGUCUUACUGCAGAGACAGACCUAUAAAUACCUGGGCCAGGGGAGAAUCCACUGCUGGAGCCAGGAAGACCUCCAGGCUUUGGUGGACGCAUACAUUUGCAUUGCCAGUCUCUGCCAUAAUAAGACUAAGGCUUUGCAGUAUAUAGCAGUCAAUCUGGUGCAUGGCGGCCAUGUGCUAGAUUCUGCGGAUUUGGAGGUGGUAGAGAGUGUUGCCAAGACCUGUUUCAAUACAGUGUCACCUCUCUCGGACAGUGGACCACACAUCCUCUCAAAUAUUAUCAGCAGCACUGGGAACUUUGAUUUGUCAGGACUGCUGCAGGUUUUGGAGAAGGGUCCUUGGGAUUCAGCAAAUAUCAGUGAUACCCUUGUGUUGGGUUUCAGUGCUGAUGUGGCAGCUGAGAUAGUAAAGAUCAAUAGCCACAAUCUGAGCAUACUACUGCAGGCCUCCCAGACUCUAGGAACAACAAGAUGUUUCAGCACUGAAUUGAACCAGCCUGUCACACUGCCAGCCUACAGCCACGCUAGAGACCGACUGCAGGCUCUGCAGAGUUACUUCACACACAAGAAUGACAGCAGAUAUACAAAUGCAGGAGCCAUUUCUCACAGUCCCCUAUGUGACUUCCUCCAGGCUGAGUGGGAUGAUCUCAUUGAUUCAGUAUCCUCACUCCUCUCACAGCUCCAACAGCCCAUUCAAAACAGCACGCCAACCUUCGCUUCCCUCCUCAAGCUCACUGACUUGUCUCGCUUGGAGAGGAGGGCAGAGUUGCUCAGGGCUUAUCUCUGGCACUACAGCACUUCAGAUCCACCCGGUGCCUACCGACUAUCUGCUUUCAAAAAUGCCAGAGGCAUUCUGGUGGCAUUGAUGAGAGAGGCUGCUCAAGUAAAUCGCAAAUAUGUCAGUGAUAUAACUCUGCAUUUUCAGGUUCUGAGUGAUAGUACAUACCCAGCCUCACUUCCCACAGAUGCUUUAUAUUUGUGUGGCCUGGAGCUGAGAGGGGCAUCAUGGGAUACACAGAUAGGAGCCGUACAAGACACACACUCUCCUCAGCCUUGCUCAUUCCCUCUUGUUUGUGUCAAGGCUCAAGUUAAGAAAACAGAUAGCUCAUAUUUAAGGGAUGCCAGCAAUGUCCAAGUCUCAGAUGCUUCUCCAUCGACUGCCCCUCAGUUACCAGUCUAUCAAUGCCCUCUUUAUCUGGACGAAGAGCAAGAGACAGGAAACUGGGGACUGGCUGAUGCUAACAUUAUUACUACACUUUCCCUUCAUGCCAAGUUAAAUCCUGUGUUGUGUAGUUUAAGAAGGGUGAGGCUAGUGAGUAGGCUCUGAGUGAACCAGCCUGCUAUUAACUGCUGUGAUGCACCUGGCAGAUAAAAAAAUGCACUGAUGCAAUUAGACACAUGUACUGAAUAAGCAACACCAGAAAUAUAAAACAGAGUCAUGAUUCUUUAUGUAUAAUACUGAUGCCACAUGAGACAUGUUGUGUAUGUAUUCAUUUUUAGGACUAAUGUUCACAUGAUUUUACUUAUGUGAAUUUGCAGUUACUGUAUAAUGUAUCUUUAUACAUUAUGUUUUGUAAUGUUUUUAAUUUUGUUUUUCAUUGAAGUUGUACAGUGUUAUAACAGCAAUUUAUGGCAACUUGUUUGAUCCGGCUAAAUCUCACAGAGCCCAAAAGGACUGGAGAGUGUUUAUCUUGACAAAAUGUCACUGAAUCUAUUGUAAGCUAUUAAAAUGAAAAAAAAAAAAAUAUUAAAAAGGAACAUUGACAUGUA